UAAGUUUGAGUAUUCUCAUUAUCUGUUUGUUGGGUAAUGUAUGGAUAUUAUAUGGACUGAAGUUAUUAUUAGUUAACUGGACAUUUUCUGGAGGAGAUUAAGGGACUCCUAUCACCAAAAAUGUUCUGAAGAAAAUUGGGAAAAAAAAAAAAAAGAAAAACUUUACCUGAUCACAUUUUGAUUUGAUUAGAAGCCAAUGAUGUGAAGAACCAUGAAGUACAUGACCAUACCUCACAAUUUUGCCAUUCCUAGACAGCAGCCCCCUUACAAAAGGAGCUUAAAAGGGGCUAAAUAUUUAAUUAUUAUGAUUAUGAUACUUACUUGUUGGAAGUACUUUAUUAUUACAAGUUGGUUGAUAAACUGAAGGGGAGUGGCAUCAAAGGGUUGAGGCAGGUUUUGAUUAAGUGUCAGAAACCAAGCUCAAAGUGUACUUAUGAUGGUUGAAUAAAGUAAACUUAGCAAGUAUCUAAUAUGCAUACCGCAUUGAUGGCCAAGCAAGUUGCAAUCAGUUUUACUUUUGCCUCUGAUUGGACAACAUGAAGGUUUUUCUCAAGGUCAUCAAAUAGACCAGUUCCAUAUUCUUUUCAACACUCAAUUAAAACCUACUGUAUUUCUGUUUAAUUCCUGAAGAAUUAAAAUGCUAGAUAUCCUUUUUUACUCGUUCUUUUUACUUCCAUGCAGAUUAUGACAAUUGCAGCCAUGGAGCCAAACCAACCUGGAGAUGGGGAAAGUUUAUCACCAGACUACAGUCAGAUAUACACCUUGCUAAGUAGAGUGAUGCGAGAUCAGCCACCUCCUAACCUCACCCCUCUUGAUGCUCAAGUUAUCUUGGACUUGAUGGCAGACCUUGAUCGUGGUCUUGCAGGUCAUGAUAUUAGUAGCCAAGUCAGCUUUAUUACCAACAAGUACAAAGAAGUGAUGCAGAGUCAAGAUACUGCCUCAUCUUCAGGGCAGACACAGGUCUCUUCAGGUCAAGCUGAACCCGCAUGUAGCACCUCUGAUCCAAAAGCCAGUAGUUCUGGCAAACCAAAGACACCACUGUCCUCUCUAAAUCCCUUGAAUAUUCCAGUAUCAUUACUUAAUCUGAAGAAAUCCACUCCAGUUUCAACCUCACAGUCGUGAUCAGUUGUAGUAAAUAUGUAAAAACUAUGAUUUUAUUGAAAUCUUCAGAAAUUUUUGUCUGCUAUACUGUAAGGUUCUCAAACAAGAAUUUGUUCAAAUAUUUACUUUAAGUCCUCUCAUUCUAUUCUCAACAAGUAACAUGGAUUUUACACAGUUACAUUUCAUGUAACUGUGUUAAAUCCAUUUUCCUUUUCAUUCAAAUGAAGAAAAUCUUGUCUCACUAGUUUGACAAUUUCAUACACUCUAUCCCUUGGUUGAAAAUAAGAUCUGUGAUCUUGAUGUGGCCUUGUUUAAGCUAAGGAAGGAUUACUUGAAUAAAGAUUUGAUUUCUCA